AUGGGAAGACCCAGGAAGGUAGAUGAAAGAUCUACUCGGAAACUAAUCCGUUGCUUACAGUCAUUGGGGGACACACGUGUUGCUUUCACUGUCAAACCUUUGGUCGCAGAGAGUGGUCUCAGUUUAAAUAUGGCUAGCCGAAGAACGUUUUCGCGUAUUCUGAACGAAAAUGGCUAUGGAUAUUUCCAAAGAAGAAAGAAAGGCUUACUGAGCGAGAAAGAUAGAAAAAUUAGGAAGAACUUUGGUUAUAAAAUAAAAAAGGAACUCAAACGAAAUUCCAAUUUUUCGAAAAACGAGGUGGCAUUUUAUUUGGACGGUGUGUCUUUCGUCCACAAAUACAAUCCAAUGAGCAACGCUGGCAGUAGCAAUUCGAAAGUUUGGCGUAAACGGGGCGAGUGA